CGACCCGGCCCUGCGCUUUUGCGCUUUGAAUCUGGCAUAGACCACCGCCCCCUCCUGACGAUGAGCUCACGACUCUGGUUGCAAUGCGCUCGGCGACAGCGAGCUGCACUCUUUAGUUCCAGAUCACAAACUUCGCAGCGACUGGCAUCGACCAGUGCGAACCCCUACCCGUACCCUACGAACCUAAACCCGACACCACACCAAAUCUUUCAUCUUCCGAGGAGCUCGACAAAGGCUGAGGUCAAAGCGAGAUACUAUGAGCUUGUACGCAUAUACCACCCCGAUUCACCCGUGAGCCGACCGUUAUCUCCGACGACAGCCCAAGCCCGCUUCCAGGCCAUUACCGCCGCGUAUGAUGCUCUCCGCGGGAAGAGACCCCUGGAUUUGGAGCCUGGGGAGCCCGAACGUCCCCGAGCGGACUUCCACGACCUCAGCACAGCGAUGUGGAAGGCGAGGCAACGGCGGCGCGCGGAGUUGAACGUCGGGAUGGACGAGCGGUGGAAAGACCGAUUGAUGAUGGGUGCAGUCGUUGUAGCCGUGGCAGCGUUUGUCGCACAGACAUAUUCGACCCGGACGCAGGCACUCAGUUCGUCCCUCGAGACAAGACGACCCGCGAUCAAAACACACUCGAGAAACGACGAUCCCGGGAUUGUCCCCGUGGACGGCCCCCUCGCGGCUACCAGAUCUAUGACGGUGAUUGACACGGCCGUGAUGUCACUACCUCUUCGUCCGAAACGAAAUGGCUUCGACUGGUGGUAGGCAAUUCGAACCCAGCAGCGUAGAACUCGGCGACGGAACAGGACACAACGACUGGUUGACCUCGUCGUAGGUACCAAAUGCAUACAGAUAUCAUGUAUACUCGCUAUCUGUAAGUAGAAUCUACCUGGUAGAUGGUGCGGAUGAUCAAUAUUCGAUCAAUGCUUGGCC